AAUUACGGAAAAAACCUUAUAUGCUCCAUCUCGUUUCAAUAUUGCGCGCCAUUCCAAAAUCGAUCAUUUUUGUCGGUGCGCUACAUACAAGAUUAUUUCAGAAGAUGACUCGCUUCACUAAUGUACGCAAACAAGCUGAGGCAAAUAAUUACCCGCUGACGUGCAGAUUAUGCAGCAACAAGCAUCCCUUAAGAGUAUGCCCAAUAUUUCGUGCCAAAAGACCAGAAGAACGCCUGCGUGACGUUCUGAUCCAUCGCUAUUGCACGAAUUGUUUAUCGGGGAUACAUCGUGCAGCACACUGCACUAACCCAGGGAGAUGUCGACGCUGUAACGAAGAACACCACACCAUGCUCCAUAUUGAGAACGUGAGCGAUGGAUCAAGACGUCAGCGACGAUCAAGGAGGCCAAUAAUCAACAAUGACAGUGAUGAUGCGCUUUCACUAGAUGCGUCUGAGGUCGGAGCGGAAUCGAAUGCUUUCCGCCCAGACCUGGAGGAGGAAGAAAUGCCAGUCGCUGGAGCGGAAACUAAUGCUUUCCGCCCAGAUCUAGAGGAGGGGGAUAUGCCAGAAACUGGAGCGGAAACUAGCGCUUUCCGCCCAAAAGAAUCAACCGGAAUGGAGUCAAACGCACUCCAUCUGGACUCGGCUAGUGAAGUGGAGCUGGAACCCCAGCGCUACGGGCAGCUCUUGAGAUAUGAGCAAAGAGAGCUAAGCGGAAUGGAAAUGAGAACUUUCCAACCGCGAAACGAAUGGCAUAGUCUUCAAACUCGACGACUGAACAAACGACCGCGUCAUCGGCGACAGCAUGGAAGAGUGGAAUCACAAGCGUUCCACCUUCCGCCUAGAACCGGUUUCCGGUCAGGUAUGGUCCAGGACCUCCGAGCCUCGGUACAUCCGAUUCAAGCCCUCACAUCGAUCGCGCCGACAGCUGUGAUCAAGAUAGAAGCAGCGGGCCUCCUACAUUUGGUUCUAGCCGUAAUUGAUGCGUGCGCUUCAAGGUCCAUAAUCGCCGAAGAUUUGGCGAGGGAACUAAAUCUUGGGAUAACUGCAAUAAAUUCCCAAAGGGGCUACUUCAUUAAGUUGAGAGGAAAGCAUGGACAGUCAGCCACCGUUAUGACGCACGCAAUUUCCAUCAAAAAUUAUCGGAAGCGGACACCAAAUACUAGUUUGGACGCUACCGUAGCCGCCGCUUAUUCGAACCUGAAGCUCGCGGACCCGCGCUUCCACAUCACAGCUCCAGUCCGCUUAGUAUUAGGCGCCGAAGUCUUCCCCAAAAUCCUACUCGGCGCAAUUCCUGCGGGUACUCUCGGCCCGCUAUUAGCACAGAACACCAUCUUUGGAUGGGUCCUGUCGUGCGCUUGUUGAACUUUUUUUUCUUCGCA